AUGCAUUGGAAGCUCACGUUUUAUUUUCUUAUCGGGGCCGCUCUGGCCAAUGAAGGGUUUCUUGAAGUUCCUUUAGUCGCUCAUACAGUAGGAAACCAAAUCACUCGCCGAAAUGUAGCUGGCGGAACGGUAGAAAACCUCGGCAAUUUCUACUAUGGUGCCAAGGUUGGAGUGGGUUCACCACAGCAGAAGAUGGAGAUUAUUCUAGAUACAUGCUCCUCCGAUACGUUACUUUUUACUCCACAAUCUGGCCACCCGCAGUUUUUUGACAAGAAAAAGUCCAGUACUUGCCAACUAGUCCCCAACCAGCCGGUGUUUUCGGGCUCAUUUCAGCCAGAGAACAUCGCAGCCACAGGGAACUUUUACAGAGACACUGCAUAUUUUUAUAAUGCUCGCCUGAAUCUACAAUUUGCGCUGCUUGAUAAAGAUAUCCCCCAUGUUUUCGAUCACGUUGGGGGCCUGUUUGGUAUUGGUGGCACAGGACUAGAAGGCACAAGUAAAAAGUACACCAACUUUCCUGCACAACUUGUUUUGGAUGGUGUCAUAGAUCACCUGGGGUACUCAAUUUAUCUCAACGCAAGAAAUGAAUCUACGGGAACGAUUGUCUUUGGGGGUGUGGACACUGCAAAAUACCAGGGUGACAUCUAUUGGCUGAGGAACAAAAAGCCCAGAAACACAUAUUUUGGAGUUGAUGUUACCGUCAACGGCAUAACGCAAGUUGCAAUGCUCGAUACGGGCACUCAGUUUUUGUAUCUGAGCUCGAAAAUUGUAGACUCUAUCGCCGAGAGCUUUUCGGGAUCCUACGAUCCUUCAAAGGGUAUAGUAGUGCCAAACCCUCCAAAGAACCCUGAACCAUUUCUGUUUGAAUUUGGCAAAGCGAAGAUUUACGUUCCCUACGAGGAUUUGCUGGCUGAUCCCGAGAAUCACCACCAACUUGCUAUUUUUAAGACGUCCGAAUCAGGCGGCAUACCUCUGCUUGGUUCAGCAUUUUUGCGCUCCGCGUACGUUGUCUACGAUUUCUACCGCAAUAUGGCAGCAAUUGCCCAGGUCAAGCACACAACCGAAUCAGCCAUUGUCCCGUUAAGUCAAGAAAUCCCUCACGCUAUACAACCUUCUUGGGGGCGUCUUUAG